AUGUUGCUGAAGGUGAAAUACCAGGGUACCAAGAAGUACAUCAGAUUGCAGUCAGGCUUCACCUAUUUGGAAUUCAUCAAUGAAGAUCAUUCAUCACCAUCUUCCCUCACGGAUACCAUGUCACCUUCUUCGAGUGAUAAUGACCUCUCCAGUCGAAGAGAACGGGGGAUUCCCAUAGACAGAAAUGUAUCCAACUUUGAAGUCAUGAACAGAAGUACCACAGAGGCCUCAGGGUCAGAGGCAGCGAAAGAGAUGGUAGAAAAUGCCUUGCUAAGGAAACCUGGAGGUGAGGAUGUCCUGGAAGAGUACAAGUCAGAAAAUACGUUGACGCACAGCACCCGGAGACACCUUGUUAACAUUCUGACUAGCCAUAUGACUGAAAUGCAUGGGAGGAUUGUUCCACGUCAGCAAAAAGAGAAGUAUGCCCUGGGAAUCAUUACACUCUUUCCCUCGCUGAAGGAUCCUUUUUCUCCAAAGGGAUAUCUGAAUCAAGACUUCCUGCUGCUGUUUGGUGGUGAAACAGCAUCCAAGAUGCUUGAAAAGUGGGACACGGCCUACACGGCAUUCAAGUACAAGGUUAUCAAAGAGGCCAAACAACUGACUCAGUCAAAAGAGCUGUGCCGACUUCUGAAUGCUGCUGAGAAACCUACGGAGAAUGAUGACACUAGUAAGUCUGGACGGAAGAGGAGCAAAAUCAGUGCCAGUGAUGCAGUGGAAAAAAUGGUUCACUUUCACAAGUCGUGCUGCAGCAUUGAUGAACACCUGCGUGGGAGAAAGGGUCAACAACCGUACAUCCUUGCUGCUGGUCGCACCCAGAACAAGAUUGACAACUUCUAUAUUGUCGUUGACAAACAGCUCAUCCCCUGCCAAGCCACCAGCUCCUUAGGUGCUUUUGAUGAACUGUUCAAAUCACACUACGUGUUCAACCUGUCAUACGAGGAGUCCCUGGUCCAGCUCUACACAUUUGUGCAGACAACAGUCUACAACAUCGAUGUCACAACAACAGAUGAGUCUCCAAGAAUCCGUGAGUUGCGGGCAAAACUCCUGAACUAG